GCAGCUUCUGUCCGAGCCAACAAACGCGCUACGUGAAACCAGGAGACGCCGCAGAGCUUCGGGCAGGACGUUUACCUCCCAUUUCAUCAGCACACCCCCCGACAGGCGGCUACAGAAGAAGAAAGUCAACGUUGCAAGCAGUUUUCUCCCCUUUAAAGACACUUUUAACGUCACGCCAGGAACCAAUGCCCUACAGGAAGCUGUUCGUGUCCGAGACAGCAUCGAGGCUCAGAAGAAAAUGAUUUUUCCCACCGGUGUGAGUUACUACGACACACAGCAGACGUGUCCGUGCUCUUCUAAGGCCGUCAGAAGCUGAAGACAGGCCGUCGUUAAAAGUGCAAGUGACCCCUCCACGCUGCCGUCAUGGCCCUGGUUCAGGCUCUGCCCACAUCUGCUGAGCCCCACGCCCCCAGCCACAGUGGAGGAGCUCGCCGACGACACCGCUCAGGCCCUUCACCCCCCAUCAACCUGCCACCGCCCGCUCUGGACCCAACGGGCUCUGUCAGCAGCCUCAUCAGCGCACGUUCCAAUCCCUACCACGAUCACCGCUCUGCUGUAGAGCUGGGGGGCCGAGUGCGACGACCCACGCCGGGGGCCUCCUGCCUAGGCUCAGAGUCACCCAGGGAGCCGCCUCUGCAGAAUGUCCCAGCCAUGAAGAAACAGAGCUCCGCAACGUCUAGCAGGGGAUUGGAGAAGGAAAGGGCGAACGGAAACUAUACUUAUAUAAAUCAGGACUAUGUGGGGGACUGGAACGACAACCACGUUAGACCCGCGAGCCUGGAAAGUGAGCUGGAAGAGACCAAAGAAGGACUGGGCAUGAACGGGAACGUGGGGGGACCUCCUCCGAGACUGAUCCCAGUGUCAGGAAAACUGGAAAAGAACAUGGAGAAAACCGUGCUGCGCCCCACCGCCUUCAAACCCGUCAUUCCCAAGAGCCGCUCCGCCAUGCAGUAUCUCUCCCCUCGCCACGGUGCCAAUGUCCCCGAAAGCCAAAACAACCUGAACCUGCUCAGCCCCGCCCACAGGGAGGUGUCGCCGUCCUGCUCUGAGAAACGCAGCUCCUACAGCGGGGGGCGCAACGCCAGCAGCGGCAGCAGCCAGUCCUGCUCGUUGUCCGACUCGGGCCGCAACUCCCUCUCCAGCCUGCCGCCUUACAACGGCACCGCCUACAGUCUGUCUUCAGCCGAGGGCCCCGCGGGUCACCCGGAGGCCGCAAAGAGCGUCCCGUCGGUCGGCGCACACGGACACUCCAACUCGGACAGCGGCCGCUCCUCCUCCAGUAAGAGCACGGGCUCCGGCUCCAUAAGUGGGCGGGGCCAGCUGCUGUCGGACAGCGGCUCCGGCGGGCGGUCUCCAGGCCCCGUGGAGGGCUACGAAGGCGUGGUGAGGGACCUGGAGGACAAGCUGAGGGAGAGGGAGCUGGAGCUGCAGCAACUCAAAGACAACCUGGACGACAACGAAGCUGCAAUCUGUCAGGUUUAUGAGGAGAAGCAGAAGCGCUUUGAGUUGGAGCUGGAGGAGCUGAGGCAGAGCUGUGCCACCAGGAUGCAGGUGGCGUCUCAGAAGGCCCAGCGUGCGCAACAGGUGCUACAGCUGCAGGUUUAUCAGCUCCAGCAGGAAAAGAAGAAGCUGCAGGAGGACUUUGCUCAGCUUUUAAAGGAGAGGGAGCAGCUAGAGGAGCGCUGCUCCUCCUAUGAGCACGAGAAGAUCCAGCUGGGGCCGCGGCUGGAGGAGACCAAGUGGGAAGUGUGCCAGAAGUCGGGGGAGAUCUCCCUGCUGAAGCAGCAGCUGAAGGAGGUGCAGAGCGAGUUGGCUCAGCGUGUGGGCGAGAUCGUCUCCCUGCGGGGUCAGCUCAGAGAGACGCGCGGCGAGCUCACCAACACCCAGGUGCUGCUCCAGGAGGCCCACGGCACGACCCGCACAAGGACCAUGGAGCUGGAGGUGUGCGAGAACGAGCUGCAGCGUCGAAAGAGCGAGUCUGAACUGCUGAGGGAGAAGGUGGGGCGCCUGGAGGGAGAGCUGGCUCACCUCAGAGACACCUUGGCCACCCAGGCGGCGGGAAACAGACAAUGUCAGGUGUUCCAGGAAGCAGAGGAUCAUCUGCUCGCCUACGAGAGCGACGAGGCGAAGGCCCGGCGGCAGAGCGCCGCCGAGGCGCUGCAGAGCAUGUCGGCGCAGAUGGAAGGGCUGAAGUCCGAGUUGGCCUUCGAGCGCAAGAAGGUGGAGCAGCAGGCAGGAGGGUUCGAGGAGGAGCGUCGGAUAUGGCAGGAGGAGAAGGACAAAGUGAUCCGCUACCAAAAGCAGCUGCAGGAGAACUAUGUGCAGAUGUACCGCAGGAACAGAGAGCUGGAGCAGCUCCUGCAGGAGCUCAGCCUGGAACUGGAGAGCAGAGAGGAGGACGAGGGCAGCGGUAACGAGAUCAAUUUUGACGAGAUUGCAGCAACAGAAAUCUGAUCCUCUAUGUUCUUUUUUUUUUUUUAUUUGCACUACAUUUAACUCACCGGCUCCCCCCCCAGAAGCAAUAUCUUGUGUUCUUCAUGUGACUAACAACCAGACAAGUGUCUCCACACUUCAGCUGUGACCGUUGUCGCACUGCUGACCUUUAAAUGUCAUUAAUCAGUUCCUCCGCUCCUCCGUUAUUGGCUGCCAUUGCACUGACGAGACGUCCGAGUCCUGGUGACUUUUCACACCUUUAGGAGUUUAUGUGCGCGAGUAACUUCGGUCAACCUUCACCACCACCACCGUCCUCCUCCUCCUGUCCUGGUUUGGGCUAAAGUGUCCCUGCUGGGUUUAUCGUUGCACUCCCACUCUCUGUCCACAGUUUCACUGGUACAGUAAAUGUGCCAACCACACAUUCAUUGUGUCAUGCUAAGAGUUGGUCCAUCUGAGUUAGGUGUUAAUGUCAUGGAUGAACUCAAUAGACUUCUGAUCUCUAUUCAACUCAGCAGAGCAGAAAUGGGUUUUCAUGUGAGCCUUAAAUUCACGUUUUGGCUAUUCAUGGAGAAACAAAUGAGCAGCAAUGGCAUUUUUUUUAAAUACCACAACUCAUGUUGUGCCCCCUUCCAAUGAAACUUUUUAUAGUUAGGAUUUUUCAAAGUGGGGUUCUACAUGUUAGGUAAUGAGCAGUCAGUAUCUUUUUGUUUAAAUGCAGACCAAAGCCAAUUUCCAACACCAUAAAACUAUUGCAACUUGUAUUUAGGAACAAUUCUACAAAAAACGCUUUGAAACUAGCCUGCACCAAUGACUUCCCAUGUCAAAAGUUCAGUUUAAGUGGUUUAUGUAGCACCUAAUCACUGUCAUGUAAGGGCUCUACGAGGCAAACUGGACCCCAAAUAUUCUCCAGAUAAAAAUCUAGAUUUCAUUGAAAUCAAUCCUGUUCAGUUCAGUUUAAAUAGUCAUAAUGGAACCAAAUUCAGUUUAUUUAAAGCCAGUCGGUAAAGUAGGUAAGCCUAAUUACAUCUAGUCACUGACUUUGCAGCAAUCCCCCAGACUGAGCAGGCAUGUGGCAACAGUGGAGAGGAACAAAAGAACCAGAGCAACAGGCCUCGAUAAAGGUAGCCAUCUGCCACAACUAAACCCAAACAGUAGUCGUGUUUCCAUCAUGUUUUUUUUUUAAUUUUACACAUUUUGACGCAUCGCCUCAGAAAAGGUUGAUGGAAACGGAAAAAUUCGAAUGAACAAAAUUUCGCAAAAUAAUUUUAUGCUCGCUUGAAGUGUUUUGCUUUUGAAAAACGGUAAAUGCUCUAAAGAGGAGCUGAAACACAUUUGUCGAAUGAGUUCUGACGUAGCGAACAUUUACCUCACGACUGAUCUGCUGUUUCUGCUGCCACCUGAAUCUUCCCAUAACUCUGGAAAACGAGGCUGGAAGCAACAACCGACGAAGAGACUUGAGCGUUUUUUUUUGUCUCGUUAAA